AUGGGUGAUAGUAAUCAUAUAUCUGCGCAAGAAAUAUUAGAGCGCGAGAACAUACAGCGUGAAGGUUUAAAUGCACAUAUUCAGAGCAUUAGUGAAGAACUUUUAAAAAAAGAAAGUUGGGAAGAAUUCAAACCGGAUGAAAUAGCUGAGGCAUCGCUUCAAGUUGCAACCAUCAACACUGAUUCAUCUGAUGGAGAUGAACCAACACGUCGUUUUCGACAAUUUAUAUCCAUUGCCACGAACUUCUCAUCAUUGCCGUUUGCUCAAAGACUGCACAAAAUUCCCGAUCUAGUAGAAAGUAUCAAACAAUUAAUUGAAAAUAUGAUGAAAGAAAUUCAAGAGUGCAGCGAUAUGGCAAACGAACUCCGCGAUCUCAUUCAAUGUUUCGUUCGUAUGGUAAUGCAAGUCAAGCAUAAUGUUAAUAUGACGCUCCCGUUACUUACAGAAGCUAUAACACAAAUGGAAGUUGUCCAAGACGUUUUGAAUACCGACCCAAGCAACGCACUGAGCGAUUCAGACAAAAAAGAUAUCAGACUCGCUCUAGAGCAAAUGUCAUCCGGGAUAGACAAAUUACUCAAUUUAUCUCGAUCCGCAACAAAUGAAAGUCGACAGUUAGACGACCAUAUACACAGUAUGACUAAUUCAGUUCAAUCGAAAAAAGUCAUCGUAGAAGAACGAUUAGAAUUGGCAAAAUUUUGUCUUAAGUAUGCUACACCAGCCAGUUCGCUUGGAUCUGGCACUGCAGUUGGUGGAUUAGUUGUAGCUGAAUCGUUUGGUGGUGUUGGUGCAUUAGUUAUUGCUGGGACAGCUUUUCCUCCUGUUACUGCUAUUAUUGGCGCAUUUCUUUUAGGUGGUGUUUGUGCUGGAACAGCUACCAUUUUGGUGAAAAAAUUUUGGGUUCGUCAUCAGUUAAAGGCACUUGACUAUCUCGAGAAGAUUUUUGAAAAUUUAAUCGAAUUAAAAUCAGCGAAUAGAUGUUUUAUGGGCUGCAUGGCUGAUACAGAAGAAAAGGCUAACACCGGUGCAGUACAUAUCCAAAGUAUUCAGCUAUGUUUAGAGAGUGAACGACAACGGCGAGCACAUCACAAUGUCUGCAAGGUAGCGAUAGAAUCUACAACAGCAAUGAUAGCCAGUCUCAAACGAAUAUCUAAUCUAGAUAUAUCAACAUGGGCUGAUACUUCACAUAUUAUCAGUUCUUCAGAACGACUUAUGCUGACAUAA